AUGGAUCAGCACAAACUAUCACUUCAACUUUUACUAACCCUUCAUCUAUUCGCAUCAGGUGUAUUAUCAACAACAACGUUCACAGUGGUUAACAAAUGCGACUACACAGUGUGGCCAGGCAUUCUCUCUAACGCAGGAAUCGCGCCGCUUACAACAACCGGUUUCGUUCUCCACACCGGUGAGUCAAAAACCGUAACCGCUCCAACCUCUUGGGGUGGCCGUUUCUGGGGCCGCACUCUUUGCACGCAAGACUCCGCCGGAAAAUUCUCCUGCCUCACCGGAGAUUGCGGCUCCGGCAAGCUCGACUGUGCCGGCAACGGCGCCACGCCACCGGCGACCUUGGCCGAGUUCACUCUCAAUGGAAACGGAGGCCUCGAUUUCUUCGACGUGAGCCUCGUGGACGGUUACAACGUGCCGAUGCUGGUGGCUCCCCAGGGUGGCUCAGGUGAUAACUGCACUCUUACAGGGUGCGUUGGGGACCUGAACGGCGCGUGUCCUUCGGAGCUUAGGGUUACAAACGUGGAUGGAAAACAGAGCGUGGCGUGUAAGAGCGCGUGUGAGGCGUUCGGGUCCCCGCAGUAUUGCUGCAAAGGCGCGUUUGGGUCGCCAAACACUUGCAAGCCUUCGGCUUACUCGCAGAUUUUUAAGAACGCUUGCCCACGCGCCUACAGCUACGCGUACGAUGACAAGACCAGCACUUUUACGUGCGCUUCUUCGACGGAUUACACCAUCACUUUUUGCCCUUCCCCUAACGACAAUCCCAGUCAGAAAUCGUGGCAGGGGCAAAACCCGAAAUCAGAUAGCGGUAGUUCUUCUUCUGAGUCGCCGCCGCAGCUCAAUAAUGGCACAAUGGUGUAUGUUGGUGCCAUGGAUGAAAGUGAAUUAUCGUGGUCGGCAGGUACCCAUGUGACUGUGAAGGAAUCUCAAGCCAUUGCUAGUUUUGUCAGUAUCACCAUUGCUCUUUGGGUCUUGAGCCAACUAUGGUAA